AUGUCACGAGUCGGUACCCGGCACAUUGGCAAUAUCUGCCAUCGAUGCGCGUUUACACCAACACCGACAAUCGCAAACCAAGCCUUCAUCAGCGGAACACUCCUAGCUGCCAUUCGCCAUAGGAAAAGGACAACGAUAAAGGGUCCGCGUGCACGAUGGGCUGCGACCGCAUCAACAUACCCAGACCUCAAUAUCCAGCCGGCCGAUGCCGAUAAAGUCCCUCGACAAUUGACUGAUCCGACACAACUGGCAAAUAUCGUAGAGAGCACAAAGGAGAAGUUCCUGGCCACAGAUGGAAUUCCGGCGAAGCAACUGACGACUGCGGCCCUUGAGACGUGCCUCAAGGCUGCUCAAGCCCUCCAACCUCAAAUCCACAGGGCCGAGGCUCAGUCGCGGACGUCCACAUCAAAGCUCAUGGAGUUGGGAGCAGAGCGAACUGGCCAAAGACCAAAUUCUAUGGACCCCCAACUUGCCGAUAGCGUCAAAAAGAUCUCGUACUCGGCCUAUGCAAUCAUUUCGCAGCCCAAUGUCGAGAUAACACCCGCCUUCCUUGAACUCUACGUUGCUAUUCAGGCUUCGCUAGGCCGGCCUGAGUCGCUUCCAGCCGUGUUCGAGAUGUUUGCGACCAAGAAGAAGCCGGUCGUCAAGAAUGGAGUGGUCCAAUACGUGGCUUCAAACCCCAACGCCGCAGUCAAAGCGAUUGAGAAAGGCGUCGCCGAUAUGGCUCUGCAGACUGCUAUUGACGCCAAGAAUCUAGAUUCAGCACUGGGCGUUGUUGAAGCCUCCUUCAGUCUUCCAGCAUUCAAACGUCAGAAGCUGAUCAAGCACUCCACUACCCCUGCUCUCGCCCUCGGCUCUCUUCCCUUUGGUAUCUUUGGUCUUGCUUCAGCAUAUGCGGCCUACUGGCAGAACACUAUGGAUAUAUCCACAGCAACAGGCCUCGGCGUUGCUGGUAUCUCUGGAUAUUUCUUGGUUGUGGGAUCAAUGGGUAUGAUUGCCAAAUUAAGUAACAAGGAUCAGAUGAAGCGUGUGACUUGGGCGCCUGGCACACCACUGCGUCUCAGGUGGCUGAGGGAAGAGGAGCGAGCUGCUAUGGACAAGAUUGCUUGUGCCUGGGGGUUCAAGGAGCCCUGGAGGCAUGGAGAGGAGUCGGGCCCUGAGUGGGAGGGUCUGAAGGAGUACAUGGGUUACCGUCAGAUGAUUCUCGAUCGCGUUGAGUUCAUGGAGGGCAUGAGUUAG